AUGAAAAUAAAAGUUCCGUUCACGGGCGCUGAUCUGAGAGAAUGGAAAGAGGCUGCCCGAGAAUACCGUAAUGAUCCGAUAAAGACGGCACAGAAUUUUAAAUUUCUAAUAAAACAGCACAAUCCUGACUGGAGUGAUAUACAAUUAUUAUUAGAUUGUUUGACUGAAACUGAAAAACAAUUAGUCAUAAAAACAGCGGGGGAUCUCGCAAAGGAACAUUAUAAUAUAAAGGGAGAUAAUUAUAGAGAAUGGUUUCCUUUGUUGGACCCGGAAUGGGACCCAAACCGAGCCGCUGAAAUGGGAAGAUUACAAGCAUACCAGGAAUGGAUAUUCAGAGGAAUGGAGAAAGCAAUUCCUAGAACAAUAAAUUGGGCAGCGUUAUAUGAGGUCAGACAGGGUCCUUCUGAAACACCUUCAGAAUUCUUAGACAGAAUAAGAGAUGCAAUGCGCCGGCACACGUCUCUGGACCCAAAUUCGGAGGUAGGCGCACAGCAACUAAUAUCCCUCUUUUUAGGACAAUCACAGGGGGAUAUUAGGCGCAAGUUGCAAAAAUUGAGACCUCCUGAAAAUAGAGACUUGGAAAAAUUAGUAGAGGAAGCAUGGAGAAUAUUUAGUAAUCGAGAAGAAGGUUACAAGCAGGACCAAAAGAAAAUAUUAGCAGUAUUAAUAAAAUUAAAAUUAGGAGAAGAACAGGAGGAGGUGGAAUUUUUAAUAGACACAGGAGCCACCUAUUCGGUUUUGAACCAGGCUUUAAUGCCUUUGGGAAAUGAUUAUGUUUCAGUAAAAGGUGCAACUGGCCAAACUGAAAAGGCUUAUUUUUGUAAACCUUUAAAAUAUAAGUUGGGAAAACAGAUGGGGAUCCAUAAAUUCCUAUUUAUGCCAAAUUCCCCAAAGGCCCUUCUUGGUAGAGACUUAUUAGAACAAUUGGAGGCAACAAUCAAAUUUAAAAAAGGGGAAGUUACUCUGGAGGUAAAUAAUCAUCAAUACAUACAGGUUAUGAGCCUAUCUCUGGCCAAUACUCCUAUAAAAAGGGAAAUUGAUACCAGGAUUAUUGAUCAGGUAUAUCCCGGAGUAUGGGCAAUUGACAUACCGGGACGUGCCAAGAAUGCAUCACCUGUAAUAGUAAAAUUGAAGGAUGGACAGAGUGCGGUAAGAAUUAAACAAUACCCACUGAAAAGGGAAGAUAGGGAAGGAAUUCGUCCAAACAUAGAGCGAUUCAUAGAACUAAAACUACUAAAAGAAUGUGAGUCAGAAUUUAACACACCUAUCCUCCCAGUUAAAAAACCUGAUGGGUCUUAUAGGAUAGUUCAAGAUUUAAGGGCCAUUAACAAAAUAACAGAGGAUCUGUAUCCUGUAGUAGCUAACCCCUAUACCUUACUUACCACCCUGACACCUGACCUAGCUUGGUUCACAGUUUUAGACUUAAAAGAUGCCUUCUUUUGCCUCCCUCUCCAUGAAGCCAGCCAAAGAAUUUUUGCUUUUGAAUGGGAAAAUCCCAGAAGCGGUCGAAAGACCCAGCUCACAUGGACGGUGUUGCCACAGGGGUUUAAAAAUAGCCCCACAAUUUUUGGAAACCAAUUAGCAAAGGAUUUGGAGUUAUGGGAACCACCGUCAGAAGAAGGGAAAGUGUUACAAUAUGUAGACGAUCUUCUUAUUGCAACCAGAACCGAAGAAUCUUGUAUUAUUUGGACUGUGAGUCUGCUGAACUUUCUGGGACUACAGGGAUAUCGAGUUUCUAAGAAGAAGGCACAGGUGGUGUUACAACAGGUCACAUACCUGGGGUACGAGAUCAGUGCCGGACAACGGGUCCUGGGGAAGGCCCGAAAAGAAGCCAUAUGCCAAGCCCCCCGACCACGAACUGUAAAGGAACUGCAGACAUUUCUGGGAAUGACAGGAUGGUGCCGGCUUUGGAUAUGCAAUUAUGGCUUGCUUGUUAAACCAUUAUAUUCCCUGAUAGCAGCUAACCAGAAGGAUCUUCAGUGGGAUGCUGAAUCAGACAGAGCUUUCCAUGAACUGAAGAAAGCCUUGAUGUCGGCACCAGCACUAGGACUUCCUGAUGUGAGUAAGCCAUUUUUCCUAUUUUCCCAUGAGAAACAGGGAAUGGCAUUAGGAGUACUGGCACAAGAUUUGGGACCAUACAGACGGGCAGUGGCAUACUUCUCUAAACAGCUGGAUGCCACUGCAAAAGGGUGGCCUGGUUGCCUGAGAGCAGUAGCAGCCGUCAUCCUAAACAUCCAAGAGGCCCGGAAGUUUACCCUGGGCCAGAAAAUGACUGUCUUAGUAUCCCACACAGUGUCUGCAGUCCUUGAAACAAAAGGGGGGCAUUGGCUCUCCCCACAGAGAUUCCUAAAAUACCAGGCCAUAAUGGUGGAACAAGAUGAUGUUGAGAUCGUGACUACAAACAUCGUCAAUCCAGCCUCAUUUCUUAAUGGGAAUAUUGGAGAAUCAGUCGAUCAUGACUGUCUAGAAACAAUCGAAGCCACUUAUUCUAGUCGGACAGAUCUCAAGGAUGUUCCUAUUAAUGGAGCUGAACAUUGGUUCACGGAUGGGAGCAGCUAUAUGCUGAAUGGAAAGCGACAUUCCGGAUAUGCUGUUACAACCUCUGAAGAAGUGAUAGAAUCGGGGCCGCUACCAGCUGACACUUCGGCACAGAAGGCUGAAAUCAUAGCCCUUACUCGAGCUCUGGAAAGAGCUCGGGGAAAACCUAUAAAUAUUUGGACUGAUUCUAAAUAUGCCUUUGGAGUGGUACAUGCUCAUGGAGCAAUAUGGAAAGAAAGGGGACUGUUAAACUCCCAAGGAAAAAUCAUCAAACAUGCGGAAGAAAUUUUGAAACUCCUAAAUGCGGUCCAGCUUCCUGAAAGGGUGGCAAUUAUGCACAUUAAGGCACACCAGAAAGUGAGCACAGAAUUGGAAAGAGGAAAUGAACUGGCAGACAGGGAAGCAAAACAGGCAGCCAGAAAAGCAAUCAAGGUAGAGGGUGCGCUAAUACCCGAUGGACAAAUAUCUCUAGAAGGUAAACCAGACUAUACAAAAGAAGAUCGCAAACUAAUUUCUGACCUAAAGGGAUCAUAUAAUGAGGAAGGGUGGGCUAUAAUCUCACAUGGGAGAAUAGUAAUUCCUUCCUACAUGGUAUGGUCAGUGGUCAGGGAAGAACAUAGAAAAAGGCACUGGGGGGCAGAAGCUCUAUAUAAGGAUCUCACUAAAAACAUAAUAGCACGAAAUUUGUAUACUACUAUUAGACAAGUAACCCAACAAUGUGAUCUUUGCCUCCAGACUAAUCCUAAGAUUACCAAGGGGCCAAAGUUGGGAAAAAUUGGGAGAGGAAAUGUUCCUGGGCAACACUGGCAGAUCGAUUUCUCGGAACUUCCUAGAAAAGGGGGGUAUCGAUAUUUAUUGGUACUAACAGAUACCUUUUCAGGUUGGCCAGAAGCCUUCCCGUGCAGAACUGCUAAAGCCCGGGAAGUGACCAAAAUACUACUCCAAGAGAUAAUACCUAGGUUUGGAGUCCCAGCGGUAAUGUCCUCGGAUAGAGGACCACAUUUUGUGUCCAGAAUAGUGCAACAAAUUAGCCACCAUCUAGGAAUAGAUUGGCAAUUACAUACCCCAUACCGACCACAAUCGAGUGGCCAGGUGGAAAAGAUGAAUCAUCUAAUCAAACAACAGAUUGUCAAGUUAGGCCAAGAAACAAAUCUAACUUGGCCCCAGUCUUUGCCAUUAGCUCUUACACGAAUUCGAACUAGACCGAGAGCAAAAGAGGGGCUUAGCCCAUUUGAAAUUUUAUAUGGACGACCCUAUGGGGUACAAAAGGGGAUGUCUUCACAGAUUGGUGAAGAAACAAUGACUUCCUAUAUGGUGGCACUAAACAAACAAUUAAUAAGAAUUGAGAAGCAUGUGAUGGGAACACGCAGUAGGGGUCUGGAUGGACCUGUUCACGAUAUACAACCAGGAGACUAUGUAUACGUUAAGUGUUUUGCAGAUAAAACCCUGGAACCACAGUGGACCGGACCUUUUCAAGUCCUACUCACCACCUACACUGCAAUCAAGGUUGAGGGACAGAAUUCUUGGAUUCACCAUACCCGGAUUAAGAAAGCCCCUGCAACUUCUUGGAAAGUAACCCCAGAUAAAAAAGAACUGAAACUCAAGGUGUCUCCUGAAAUCUUGGUGUUAUCCUUUUCAUUAUAUGUUUGA